CCAAUCUCCCUUGGGGCUAAUGGCCAUUCCCCGUGGGACGAAGAAGAAGACGAAGAAGAACAUCAUGCUCAGCGCGAACUUCCUUCGAUCGUUUUCUGCUGGGCAGAAAAAUGUCUGCUUGGUGUUCUUUCUUGGCCUCAUGAGCCUCUACACACUACGGAAGCUCUGCGAAUACAGCUGGGGUCGUUGUCGCAGCAAGAGAUCCAUGGCCGGAAAAACCGUCAUCAUAACUGGAGCCAACUCUGGUAUGGGAAAAGCGACCGCAAUGGAACUCGCUCGUCGUGGCGCCAAAGUCAUCAUGGCGUGGCACAGUGUGAACAGCGCUUUGAGCGCGGCUGCUGAGGUCCGUCAGAUAACCUCCAUAGACAAAGUCAUACUUCGAUAUCUGGACCCGGCAUCAUUCACUUCCAUUCGCGCUUUUGCCAAGUACGUCCACGAGCACGAAGCACGGGUCGACGUCCUCAUCAAUAACGCUGCUGUCUACAACUGCGACUUCAUGCGAACCGCUGACGAACUUGAAACUCAGAUGGAGGUUAACUACUUGGGACACUUUCUUCUCAUCAACCUCCUCCUCGACGUCUUGAAGGCCUCCCGGCCAAGUCGGAUAAUAGUUGUGACGUCACUUCUUUACGUGGAUGGCCCGAUCCAGUUACCAGAUCUCGUCAUGAAUGAAAGAAACUACGACGCUAGACAAGCGUACGCCGAUAGCAAACUGGCAUGCGCACUGUUAGUGCGCGAGCUUUCGAAACGUCUGCGAGGCACUGGCGUAACGUCGUACGCUGUAAGCCCAGGAUUAGUGAACACCAGUCUAGGAAGGUAUUUCAAGAUCUCCUGGUACAGCUAUCUGAUACUGUUGCCCCUGUCGCUGUUCUUGCUGCGUACGCCGGAGCAAGGAUGCCAGUCGGUCGUCGAUUGCGCAGUUGACGAAAAGUACGAGAAAGAAAGCGGCAUGUUGUACAGAAACUGUCAGAUGAAGACGUGGCAUCCAACUCCGCUUGACGCUCAUCUCGCGAGAAAUCUUUGGAACACGAGCAAGCUCUUGACAGAACAACCGGCGUCACCCCCUGAGCCAGAAGUGGCUCAGGAGGCACUAGUAUAAUGCGUCACGGGUCCUUGGAUGUCAAAUAUUUUAAGGUUUCUUACAUAUUCUACGCAAUACAAGCUUUCAUGAAACUGAACUGUGACCGGAGAAGGCAGGCGAAUAAAUCUUUUGUCCCACAUUA